AUGAACACGAACCCCUUUGAGAUCUUGUCUGACGAGUCCAGUUUCUACGGCGACGAAGAGGAAACAAACCGACUGGAGGCACUGGUUGCAUCCUUCGACCCAGAACCAUACUGGGGCGAGCAUCAUCAACGCCUCCUAUCCACAAGACAAUAUAAUCUAAAAGCACCGACCAUGUCAUCAGACAUCUCCAUGAAGGACGCAUCACCCUCACCCUCACCCACAGGCCCACCCCAGGAUCGCCGCGGAAGAACAGAAUCCGUUGAUCAUUUUCUCUCCCGAUUACCACCAUCAACUACCGAGCUCACACCUUCAAGGCCUUGGAUAUGGAUGCAUAACCGCAACAUCCCAAGCAAAGAAGGAGACGUCCCCACCCUACUAAGGAAAGGCCACGAGCUUCUCCAAGAGUACGAGAAUGAAAGUGUCAUCAUCCGCGAAGCGAACGAUAAAGCAGGCGGCAAGAUGGCUCCCUUGGAACGGGCGUUGAAACCUAUCCGCGCAGAGCUCGAAAAGAAUCUCCUUGCCCUUGCGCGGGAAACGGGCGUCACGCAUGGCAAAUGGAUGUUGUUCCCCACUGUUGAUCAAGUGGAUGAAUGCUGGGGUACAGUGGUCAGGGCAAUGGAGAAGGGGGAGCUGGGUGAUGCUGCGAAAGUGGCUCCCAAUGAUGGAUCUGGGGAAUCGCGGUUGAUAUGUGUUUACACGGCUGAUUUCGGGGACGCGGAGGAUGUGAAACGGGUUGUGAAGAAGAUGAGUGAGAUUGGGCUUUUGGGGAAGGGUGCGCGACCCAUUUACUAUAAGUCUGAUGUGUACACGCUUCUGGAGAUCACGUCGAAGAACGCUUAUGGGUUGAAGGCGAGUAUGUUUUCAAGUCUGAAUGUGCUUCGGAAGUGA